AUGUCUGUCGCACGCGCCAGGGCCUUGAAAGGCCUUCAAUCAACGUUCCGAUCCACUACUACACGCGCUACUUCGAGAAUCUCCGCGCCAGCCCGAACGCAGCUGUCCGUCGGCAGGAGAUAUGCUAGCGGUGGUGGUGGCCACGGUCAUGGUGAGCCUACUUCAGAUAUCCCAUGGAUGAUCGGUGGGACGGCCGUCACUGUGCCGGCGUGCUGGUACCUCUGGCCUACUGCCCACGCCGACUUUGGCCAUCACGGUCACGACGAGCACGCAGAGGAGGCUCAUGAAGAGGAGGCGCCUGCCGAAGGAGAGGAGGCACCAAAGGAGGAAGAGGCACCUAAAGAGGAGGACACCUCGUCUCAAGAACAAGGCGAGGCAGAGCCCGAGGAGAAGAGCAACGAGUCCUCUACUGGAAAGGCGCCAAAGGAUCAGCAAGAAAAGGGCAAGGCUCCUGGUGAGGAGUCAGCCUCUGGCAAGCCAUCCGGGUCGCAAGGCGAGGGUCAAGAUACUGGUUCUGUAACAUCAAGCGAGGACUCGAAGCCCAAAGAAGGUGGUGGGGAUUCUCGCAUUGGCAAGGGUGCCGUCAAGCCCGAAUCCGAUGGCGCCACCGAGUCGCGCAAGAGCGAGCCAGACAACAAGGGCGGCAGGAAGACGCGCGUAGACUCUGGUCUGCAGAAGGACCUGGGUGCUAGCGAGGAGACUUAUGAAGAGGCAGAUGAUGGCAGUCAGAAGGAGAAGGCCGCCACCUCAAAGCCUCCUGCGAAAGGUAAGGAGGGUGACAUUACUGGCAAGCAGUUUGGUUUGUCCAACACACCUACUCGACACUCGUAUCAGAUCGACGAGGACCCAGAGAAAUCGAAGAAGUCUGAAGGAGGCCCAGAUACUGCCAAGGUCAUGGGCACUAUAGACCCUAACAGGCCUGCCGUGUAG